CUUUCUUCGUGCAUGGAAGUUGUCUCUUCCGGUGCAGAAAUGCGGUUCUUGCCGCUGCUCCACUCCUGGGACUCGACACAGAUGUGGGACGUUAUGUGAACGCCAUGACAAGACUACAUUCUGCAAUGUGUGAGAAAGCUGCAGCAUCUUGUGAAGAGUUGCGCUGUGGUCUCAAACAGAAGUGCAUUAUCAAAGAUGGAAAACCAUUCUGUUCUCCUUUGAAAACUAAAAUAUGCUCUGCAUGGGGUGACUCUUACCACUGCAUGUUUGAUGGAAGAGGUUUUGUCCUGAGGGGAAACUGUAACUACACGUUACGUUCAGACUACCUGUAAAGGAGACUGUAUAUAAAGCCACUGUCUCCUGCAUUCACACAGUGGAGAUAAGUAUCCAGGGCUUUAAUAUCUCUAUAGUUAAAGGAGAUAAAAUCAUGUCAAGACAGAAGAAGAACCUGCCCGUCAACCUGGGAGAUGGGUCCCUGAACUUUUAUCCAAGUGGCUCUGGGGUUUUCAUGGACACCAACUUUGGUCUGACUCUGCAGUACGAUUCGAAGCACCAUCGUACCCUCUGUGGCCUGUGUGGGAACUUUAAUGCUAAUCCAGAAGACGAUCUGAUGCCUGAUGAUGAUCCUGAUAUCUUUCAGGCUAUUGCGUAUUGGCAGACCAGCAGUGAAUGUGUGGCUGUGCCUAAUAACACCUCAGCUUGCAAUUCACACGAUACAGCUCUUUAUUAGUGUAAAGAUUUCUGUGGAAGGAUACUGGAUUCAGAGUUAUGUGGCUGUGUGUCAAGAAACAGGCGCUAUAGUGGAUGAAUGGAGGGCCUCUGCAUUUUGUAAUCUCACCUGUCCACCUAACAGUGAAUACCAACUAUGCUCCAGUCACAUCUCUGACUGUGUUGAAAACCCAAGUCCUCUAGCAGUGACAUGCAAAGUGGGGUGUUUCUGCAGACCUGGGUUUUUCCAUAGUGGUGGCAAAUGUGGUCACGACAAUGAGUGUGGCUGCAUUUACAAUGGAAUCUACCAUGAAAUUCAUGAGAACUUCUUCCCUGAUGAAUGCUGUCAGCUGCACUGUGUCUGUGUGGGCCACAACACGGUGCGGUGUACCAACCACACAGGGUCAGGGGUCACAGGGCAUGCCACGCAUCACAGCCCGUUAAAUGCACAGUCAUGAGUGGCAGACACUUCAGAAACUACGAUGGACAAAACUUUGACUUUAAUAUGGGAAACUGCAAUUAUGUUCUAUCCCAGGUUUGUGAUGAGGAAGAAUCUGAGCCUAUUCUUCAGAAAGGAUAGCUGCACCUGAGGGUCCAUGGAGUGAAUAUAUUGAAAAUUGAGCAUUUAGGCAAAGUAAAAGUCGAUGGUGCUCUUCGGAGUCUUCCUGUCCAACUAGAUCAUGAGGAAAUACUCCUUUCUGGCCUGCUGACUCGAGUUGUUGUUGACACUGGGGUUGUUGUCAAUUAUGGAGGGCCUCACCUGACACAAGUGGUCAUUCCUGCCUCUCAUAGAAAAAUGUGUGGCUUGUGUGGAAACAUCAGUGCUGUUGCUACAGAAGAGAAACAGUCUGAAUGGCAGCCAUGCAAGAAAUGUUUCACUGUUUGCUUCUUCCUGGUCACUUUCCCCACCUGGAACUAACUGCUCUGAAGAACGGAUCUCUGUUCAGCAUGCAACUCUACCAGGACAGCUGAAUUAGCAUCUGAUAACAUCUGUGGCAUGCUGCUUUCUCCUGCAGGCUCAUUUGGUGGAUGCCACUCUGCUGUGGACCCAGAGCCCUUCUUUCAAAACUGUGUGAAUGACUUGUGUAUUUCUAAUGGGAAUGAAGAAUUGUUUUGCAGGAGUCUGAGCGAAUACACUUUUGCGUGCCAGGGGGCAGGAGCUGAAGUCAAACCAUGGAGGAGUGAGAAGUGCUCACCUUCAUGCCCUGAAAACUCUCAGUACAGUAUAUGUGUCAGUGCAUGCCCUGAGUCCUGUGGUAUUUCAUCUGAUAUCCACUGUCCGUGGCCCUGUUAUGAGGGAUGUCAGUGUGAGUCCGGAUACAUGCAGAGUGGAAAUGGCUGCAUCAAACCUGAGCAAUGUGGCUGUUUCUAUCAUGGGCACGACUAUGAGUUUGGGGAGAUAUCAUGGACUGAGGGAUGCUACACUGUCGCUGGCGCUGUGAGCCAGUCUCUUGCCCCGAGGGUGAGAGCUGCACCCUUAGCAAUACCUGGGGUUGUGCAAGGAAAGCCAUGUCCUGCUCAUUGAACAGCCAUUUUGAGUCCUGUGGCACAGCCUGCCCCGCCACCUGUGAGAACCCAUCUGCCUUAAAACCCCUGCACCCAGUCCUGCGUGCAGACCUGCCAGUGCAACUCCGGGUUUGUGUCCCCUUGUCCCAGUGUGGCUGCAAUCACAAUGGGGCAAGUUACCACAGCAACCAGACCUUCUGGGCUGAUGAGGGAUGCACUGAACAGUGUGUCUGUGACCCCCACACCCGCCAGACAUGGUUCCAUUCAGAUUCAUGUGGCCCUGAUGAAAACUGCAGCCUUCAAGAUGAAGUCAGAACCUGUAUCCCCCUCGCGCAGAAGACUUGCAUGUACACCGGACAUCAUGUGAUCACCUUUGACCACCAUGACUAUAAUUUACACUGCACCUGUCAGUACCAGUUGCUGGGCAUAUGUGAACAGAAACAAGGGCUGGCUGCGCUUAAAGUUCAUGUACAGACAGACAGAUGGACACCUAGCGUCAGAACUACACUUAGAACAUUGAGACCUGUCCUUUCCCUCCAGUACCAGUUACAACACAAGCUCUGCCUCCGUUCACCUCUGCCUUGGCUGGAAGAAUAACACGGUAGAGAUGCCUCCUAACACUGGGGAGAACUGUCUCUGUGAUGCAGGGUGAGUUCACAGUGGCAGCCUCUGUGUCUACCGAGAAAACUGUGGCUGCCUUCACCAUGGAGAGUAUCUCAGGACAAGAGGUGUCUACAUGCAGACAAAGCUGUUUAUGUCAUGCUGGGGGAAACAUGAAUUGUCAUGUCUCCUGUGGAGAGUAUGAAGAGUAUAAGCUUAUUAGGGGAGUUCAAGGUUGCCACCCCAAACCCAAAGUGGUACACUGCUUUGUUGACAGCUCCAAAUACACCACAUUUGAUGGAUGGGCAUUUGAAUUUCAGGGUUCACGUAACUACACUCUGGUGCAGAUAUGCUCUCUAAAGAAACCGAAUGUGGAGCCUGUUGUUAUCGCUGCACAUGGCAACCACACUGAAGGCAGGCAGAUCAAUCUGCAAGUCAAUACAACAUAUUUUGAGGUCUCAACAGCUUUUCCUGGAAGAAUUCAGGUCAUUUGUGGAAUUAUUUCAAUUUGACUUUCUGUUUAUCAGCUAUCACACACUGCAUUUUUUCAGUGUAUUGUUUGAUGUUUAAAACCUUUUUCCCAGGUAAAUGGAGUGUAUGAGAAUCUGCAAUUCUCCCAGAACAAUGUCACUGUGUACAUCAGAGAAAUGGUUUGAUCAUCAUCAAGACCCCACAGGCAGUUGAGCUUCUUUCAGACCUACAGGGCCACAUUCAGGUUAACAUUCCUGACAUUUACCACCAGUCUACCUGUGGCCUUUGUGGAAACUACAAUGAUAAUCUGUUAUGACCUGCAGCUGCCAAAUGGCACUGUGACUGCAGAUCCUGAAAUUUUUGGGCCAUCUUGGAAGUUGUCUAAUGAAUCGUCCUGCAGCGACACGUGUAACAGCAGCUGUCAACUCUGCCAGAGCCCUAUGCCAGAGUAUAGCUCUGACCUGUACUGUGGCCUCCUCACCCACCCGAGGGGACCAUUCUCCUCUUGUCACCAUUUAGUGGAUCCCCGGAAAUACUACUCACUCUGUAUGAAAAAUCUUUGUCUUGCAAAGGGGCAGCACAGGGCCCUGUGUGAGGCACUGUGGGUUUAUGAUGCAGCACAUAAGGAAGCAGGAGAGAUGACUGACUUCUGGACAAACACCACAGGCUGUGCUCAUCAAUGUCCUCAGUUCAGCCACUACAGCCAAUGUGCCACUGUUUACUCCUCAUUCCUGAUAUCAGCGUUGGCAGUGCAGUGCCCUGGAGAUUGUGAGGAAGGUUGCAUGUGUGACACUCAUCACUUUUUUUUCGAUGGCCAUGUCUGUGUACCAGCUGAGCAGUGUGGCUGUGUCCAGAACUUAACAAGGUUUAAGGCCUUUGAGUGCAAACUUCUCCAAAACUGCACUGUUAACCUCCUCCUCUUGUUUGUGAGAGAUUCUUCUGUCCUCCACUGCACAGUUGUACAAUUCUAGAUGGAAUCGUGAGCUGCCAUAAGGAUGCUAUUUAAACUGAAGAACCAUUUUUAGAUCUUUAUCUGACUGCUAGUGCAUUACUACUUUCUGUAGUUAAAAUGUUAUAUUUAUCUUUGAUACAGCGAAGAUUCCAGAUCUCUGUGAGGGGAAAAUGUGAUGAAACAGAGAAAUGCUCCCUGAGCGACUGUGGUGUUCCUGUAUGUGAGAGCCAUCAGGGUCUGUGUUGGACCUGGGGAGGGCAGCACUACCACACCUUCGAUGGGCCCAGCUAUGACUUUGAGGGCACCUGUACCUAUUUGUUCACAGCCAGCAAAAGGCCAGCAUGUGAUCUGACGCCCUUCAGUGUGUCAAAGAAGAACAAGUGCAAAGGCAACAGAGCCGCAUCCUCCACACAGGUGGUAACUUUACAAGCUUAUGGGUUCAUCAUAAAGCUCAGUGGUGAAAAGGGCAAGAUACAUGUAAGUGUCGGUUUUAUAAUGAAACUUUGUGUACCGAUUGUUGAACUACAACUUUUCACUUUUCCCCUUUAACUGAGGUUAUUGGUCUGGUGACUUACAUUCCUGUUGAUCUGCUGCAGGGUAAAAUACAGGUCUCUCACAUUGAAGGCAAAACUCUUCUGAAAACGGACUUUGGUUUGCAGCUAGUCUUCGGGCUUAACUCAACACUUGUUGUUACACUGCAUCCACGCUACAAGGGCAAAGUGUAUGGCCUCUGUGGAAAUUUCAAUGGUGAUAUUAAAGAUGAGUAUCCUGCAGCCAGACCUGGUUCCCUUCCCAUUAAGACAAGUGUGGAGCUUGCUCAGGCUUACAAGCUCUUUGAUGGGGACCUUAACUGUUGCACUGGUUGUGAGCAGAAACCCAAUGAAAUUACUUUACCAGCAGAAUGUUGGAUUACAGUUGAUAAUGUAUAACAGCGGCAUGCUAAUGAUUGUCCUCCCCAGCAGUUAUGGCUCCUCCAUCUCUGGGCUUUGUGGGAAUGCAAACAAUGACCCUCAGGACAACCAAAUGACUGAAGAGCUUGACCACAGCUGGAGGUCUCCUGUCCUGUUCAGGCACAGAAGCAUUGCGAAGGCAGUGGUUUUUGUGGGGUGUUGUUGAAUAAGCUUAGGCCGUUUGCAGAAUGUGCCACAGUGAUAACCCCUAAGCCUUACUUCCACAGCUGUGUAGUGGACUCCUGCUCUUUUGCUGGACACUAUUCAGCACUUUGUAAUUCCAUUGCAUCUUAUGCUGCUGCCUGCCAAGCAGCUCAGCUGCCAAUCAGACACUGGAGGAGUGACACUUUUUGUGGUUUGUCCUGCCAUAAGAAUGAGCUAACCCUAACCCUGUGGACCCUGGUGUCCCGUUUUGUGUGCUGAGCAGUCCUCUCCAGCAAACUGCAGUGGAGGUUGUAAGGAGGGUUGCCAAUGUGACCCUGGCUAUGUCCUGAGCGAUGGCCAAUGUGUGCUGCUUUCUGACUGUGGCUGCAUGUAUGAUGGACAUUAUCUCCCUGCUGGAGAAUUCUUCUCUGAGAAAAGCUGCCAAAGGUGCAGCUGUAACAGAGGAGACGUGGCCUGCAGCCCCAUGGAAAGCUGUUCAGCAAAGGAUGGCUUUGUUUUUUCAGCACUGUGUUUGCCAAGUUUUUGCUGGCUUUGGCUACAUCACCUUUGACAGUGUUAUUCUUCCUCACCACGGUGCUUGUACCUAUGUAGUGUCAGCCCUCAAAUCUAAAAACAUACAUGACUAUUCUCUGCUUUACUCACAAUAAACAAACUGGUGUUUUAUUGGCAGUCAUUAGAAGUUUCUGUCAAUCCCGAGACUCUGUGGAAAUUACAAGUUUUUCCAUCUGUAUGAAUGCCAAUUAAUGCUGCAAAGAUUUCCUAAAACGUUCUUGAACUGUUUUUGUUCCAUUUAAGGUGAAUGGAGAAGAACACAGCAUGCCUUUUGAGAAUGGAAAACUUGCAGCGUCCCAAGUUGGCAAUAGACUGAUUAUUACACACUCUGGGCUGGGAAUCAACUUGUCCUCUACCCAGUACCUCAGUUUAACUGUACCUCAGCUAUAUGAUGCCACAGCCUCUGGCCUCUGUGAGAACUUCAACGAAGACAAGUAUGAUGAUAUGCCACUGAGAGACGUCUCACUGAAAAACUUUGCAGAGCUCCUGCACAGCUGGGCAGUCAUAGCUCCUAGACAGCUCUCCAUUGGCAUUUGUGGGAGGGAGUGUGACCCUGUGCACCCUGUCCCCAUGUGAAAUUAUGCUCUGUGAUCUCCUGUUGAACAGUAGUAUAGAAUUUAAGCACUGCUGGAACAGUGGCGUGGAGCGUAAUGUUUACAGAGAGAUGUGCAUUAGUUGUUAUUAAGUGUUUAAUGGCAAACGGUGUGUACUUUACAGUCAGUGUGGGUGUGUUCACCAAGAUGUUUAUAUCAAGGUGACCAUAAAAGCUUCAUACAGACAUUAAAUGCUUAGCACUUUAUAAAGGGAACAUGUUAUCUGCAUUUAAAUCUCACAUGCAGAAAUUGUUUUCUCUUCCCUCAGAUGGAUGAGAGACUGUACCUAGAUAUGCUGGUGUCACACUUUGGGGGGGUAAUAUGUGAGGAUGCAGGCUGUGGCCCAGGGCAGCAGUGUGCUCUGAGGGAUGCUUUCUGGGGCUGUCAUGAUAGACCUGAAGUCUGUAAACUGUGGGAUGGCCUCCACAUCUCCACACUUGGUGGACAGCAGCUGAACUUGGAACCUGGGUUAUCUUACUCUGUGAUGUCACUCUGCGAUGAGGUCAGUGCUCAGUUGUUCAGUCUGAUCUCUUAUCGUGGACAAUGUGACAGCAGCUCUUCGAGGCUUGUCACUGUGUUUCAGAUCUUCCUGCGUGGGUUGUCAGUUGCCAUACUGGAAAGACAAGUGAAGGUGAACAGACACUGUGUCCCUCCCUUCCACUUCACCAUCGGGUUUGUCCCUGUCAUCUGGUGUGAACCAGGACAAAUCAGACGUCAUAGUGAUCUUGAGGAGAAACACUGGGAUGGAUUCUGAGUUGGAGAUGGAGAUUGGUGUUACCAUGGUGACAGUCAAAGUCCCUCUCUGGUACUCAGGCAAAUUGUAUGGUCUCUGUGGAAACCUUAAUGACCUCCACUCACACAGUUCAGUCAAGUCGUGGGUUCUCCAUGACUUUCCUGUCUGCCAUGGGUACUCUGCUGCUGCUUUGUGCCUUGGGGGCUUUACUCAGCUGCCCAUCGAGUGCUGGAUGGGCAGGCAGGGAGUUCGCCCUGUCAUUCAUGCAAAAUUAUGCAAAAAAUUAUGACACUCCUCGCAUUCAGCUCUACAUCACCGCUGUUCAGGCAAAUGCUAAAGUGACAGUGAAAGUGCCUCCCUUAAACUUCAAGCAAGAAAAAAUUCUAAAUGCUGGAGAAGGGGUCACCAUCACCCUCCCCAACAAUGUUGAGAUGUAUGGCUCCACCAAGUCUCCUAACACAGUACACAUUCAAGCCUCGGCAAAUGUGACUGUGACCUCCAUUAACUACAAGUUGUACACAGCAGACACAUCUGUGGUGUAUCCCAUCACUGACUGGGGUAAAGAAUAUUUCAUCUUUACACCUGCAAGGACCAACUUCUUCGCCUUCACAGAGUUCGCUGUGACAAAUGGAAAAGAGAGCAACCAAGUAGAGAUUUUCCCACAGGGCUUACUCAAGUUCCAGCAUCAUUUUUAUCGGCGUGGCCAUCGCAUGGUUAUAGAUCUACAGCCGUAUGAGAGUGUGCAGCUCCAGAGCUGGAAGGAUCUUUCCGGCACCAGAGUAGCCUCGCAGCACCCUGUCGCUGUUUUCACGGGUCACACUUGCACCUGGCGCUUCUCAAAAUGUAACCAUGUUUAUGAACAGCUGCUGCCAGUGAGCAGCUGGGGAACCAGCUUUAUCGUUCCUCCUGUGAGCUUUCAGAAAAGAUAUGAUAGUGUUUAUGUCCAGGCCUCCCAGCCCACCAGAGUCACUGUCCAAAAUGGCAAGCGCCAAGAUGUUUUCACUAUGAGCAGGGGGCAGAACAGGGAAAUCCGCAUCCGAAAUUCAGAAACAAAGUUCAUUCAGGCCGAUCACGGCAUUCAAGUCCUCUUUUUUUUCAAUGGCAUCAAGCUCGGCUGGAAUAAGUACUAUGACCCCUUCUUGAUGACCAUCCUGUCCACAGAGCAUUUCUGCAGCUCUUACUCACUUCAUGCCCAAGAGGACUUUAACAACCAAGCUCUGAUUGUGGCACAGACUAAUGCAAUGGCCGAGCUGCGUUUUGAUGACACUAACCUGCCUCGUAAUGUGCAGUGGAAAAAAGUUGAAGGGACAGAAUUCUCCUGGGCGAUGAUGCCCUACAAACUUUCCCCUGGCCACAAGAGACAUACAGUGACCAGCUCUGCUUCCAGCUUUGCUCUCUACAGUAUAGGAGUAAGCCAAAUGAAUGGUUAUGGUGCCCCAGCACAAUGUAUACAGCCAGGAAGUGGACCUCUAUCCUGCAGCAGUAUCACCUGCAGUGCCAAUGAGGUGUGUGAGAUGCAGGGAAAAUAUCCCUCCUGUGUCCCCAAGUCUGGUACGUGCUGGGCCAUGGGGGAUCCUCACUACCGUACCUUUGAUGGACGACACUACAACUUUAUGGGCACCUGCACGUAUGUCAUCGCUAAAAACUGCAGAAAGGAUCAUCUCCCAGCCUUUGAGAUCCUUGCCCAGAAUGAGAACAGGGGAAGCCUCAGGGUUUCAUAUGUUGGCCUGGUCAUUGUGAAGGUGUAUGACGUCACCAUCAUAGUAGCUCGGUCUGAGACUGGUCGUGUGAGGAUUGACAACACUCUGUGGAGUUUACCUGUAACCCUGAACAAUGACAAACUAGAGAUGUUUCACAGAGGCCGCUCUGUGGUCAUAGAGACGGAUUUUGGCCUGACUGUGAGCUAUGACUGGGAACACCAGCUUGUGGUCACACUCUCCGGCAGCUAUGCUGGUAAGACUUGUGGCCUCUGUGGCAACUUCAAUGGCAACCCCAACGAUGAUUUCACCACGCCCUCUGGCAGCCAGGCGACUGGAGCUGUGGCCUUCGGCAGCAGCUGGAAGGUGCCAGGGCUGGUGAAAAAUGCUGUGUGCAGAGACGAAUGUGUGGGUGGGUGUGAGCGCUGUGAGCACAGCCUGAUCAAGAUCUGGCAGGGUGACCUGUUUUGUGGGCUCAUCACACUCAUAGUAAAUGGGCCCUUUAGCAAAUGUCACGCCGUCAUUGACCCACAAGCCUACCUGGAGAACUGCAAAUACGAUGUUUGCAUGGGAGGCGGCCUUCGACAUUUCCUCUGCCGGGCACUGGAGGCUUACACUGAAGCCUGUCAGCUUGCUGGGGUCCAGGUUCAAAAUUGGAGGGAGAUGGCAAAAUGCCCUACUAAAUGUCCAGCCAACAGCCACUAUGAGCUCUGUGGCAAUGCCUGUCCUGCCACUUGUUCUGAUCCUAACGCUGCCUCCAAAUGCAAACGCCCCUGUGUGGAGACCUGCACCUGUAAUGACGGCUUUGUGCUGAGCGGAGGUCAGUGUGUAUCUGUCGAUCAGUGCGGUUGUACCUACAAGGGUCGAUACAUCCCUGCCGGAGAGUCGUUCUGGGCCGACCAGGGCUGUGAGCAAUGGUGUAUUUGCUUGGCUGGAAGCAGACAAGUCCAGUGUCAGAAUAAAGGCUGUGGGGCAGGGACACAGUGCAAGGUGGUCGAGGGCAUAAGAAAGUGCCAAGCAGUGUCCCACGGCACAUGCCAGGCCACAGGGGACCCACAUUACAUGACCUUUGACAAGAAGAAGUUCGACUUUCAGGGCACAUGUGUGUACCAACUGGUUGCACUGUGCUCCAACAACCCAGAUUUAGUGCCGUUUGAAGUGCUUGUGCAGAAUGAUCACCGGGGCAGCAAAGUGGUUUCCUACACCAAGUUAGUAGAAGUCAAGGUGUAUUCCCUAAGCAUUGUUAUCACAAAGACACACAAGGGCCUGAUAAUGGUGAAUAAUGAGCUGUUAAACCUGCCUGUAACCCUGGAUGGAGGACAGGUGUCUGUGUUUAAGAGUGGCCUGUAUGCUGUCGUUACCACAAACUUUGGCCUCAAAGUCUCCUUCAACUGGGAAAGUGCCGUGUUCGUGAAGCUGCCAAGCAACUACAUGGGAGCUGUCUGCGGCCUUUGUGGCAACUACAACGGCAAAGCCCAGGACGAUCUGAUUCCAAAGAGCGGUGACAAAAUUGUUGCACCGGUAGCUUUCGGCACCAGCUGGCGAGUGGCUGAGAUCCCGGGCUGCGUGGAAGGCUGUAAAGGGGUGUGUCCUGACUGUGACAUUACCCAGAAGGUUCAGUAUGAAAAGGGAGAUUUCUGCGGUAUAUUGAAAGACCCCCGUGGGGCUUUCCGUGACUGCCAUGCUAAGGAGGACCCAGCUGGAUACUUUGAGGACUGCGUUUAUGAUGUUUGCCUGUAUAAAGGCAGAAAGGAUGUGCUGUGUAAGGCUAUUGCAGCAUACACAUCUGCAUGCCAAGCUGCAGGGGCCAAGGUGUACAGCUGGAGAACCAGCCAGUUCUGUGCAUUGCCAUGUCCAGUCAACAGCCACUAUGAAGUUUGUGCUACUUCCUGUUCUGCCACGUGCAAGAGUCUGGCUCCUCCUCCCGGCUGCCAGGAUCUGUGUGAGGAGGGCUGCUCCUGUGACGAGGGGUUCAUCCUCAGUGGACAUGCAUGUGUUCCCUUCUCAAACUGUGGCUGUGUCCACAACGACCGUUACUACCGCGUCGGCCAAGUGUUUUAUCCAUUUGGUCAGUGUAAGGAGGAGUGUAAAUGCUCACAAGAUGGACAGGUUGAGUGCAAGAAGUUCACUUGUGGCCCUAAUGAAAAGUGCAAAGUAGAGAACGGUGUCCAAAAAUGUCACCCUGUUGGCAAGGCUGUGUGCCAUGCCUCUGGUGACCCCCAUUACCUCACCUUUGAUGGGCGAAAAUUCGAUUUCCAGGGCACCUGCACCUACACACUCUCUAAGAGCUGUGGGCUGGAAGGCACCCACCUGGUGGCCUUCUCUGUUGACGUGGAGAACGUGCAGUGGAACCAGAUGGUGAACAACAAAGUUGUGUCGGUCACUAAGCUGGUUGCUGUGGAGGUCUACGGCUUCACUCUCAUCAUGACGAACAACAUGUUUGGAGUCCUGGUAAACGGGAUCUUUAACUACCUUCCUCUGAGUCGUAAUGAUGGAGCUGUGCAGGUCUAUCAGGAAGGCCAGCAUUAUGUAAUUGCAACAGAUUUUGGACUGCUCGUCACUUAUGAUCUGGUCUACCAUGUGACUGUCACAGUACCUGGCAACUACCGCAAUAAGGUCUGUGGCCUGUGUGGCAACUUUAACGGAGACCGAAAGGACGACGUCCAAAUGCCCAACCACAAAAUCGCAGAGAGUGUAAACUUGUUUGGAAAAUCAUGGAAGGUCACCAUCCCCGGUGUGGUGUGCAAUGAUGGCUGCGAAGGCGAUUUCUGUCCUAAAUGUGACCAAGCUCGCAGGGCUGUGUUUUCAAAGCCCACUUACUGUGGUAUUCUUACAGCACCCAAAGGUCCUUUUGCAGUCUGCCAUAGUAAACUGGACCCACAGCUGUAUUUUGAUGACUGUGUGUUUGAUGUUUGUGCUUCCAAUGGGGAUGGAAAGGUGCUGUGCAACAGCGUGGCUGCCUACGCCUUCAACUGUCACAACGCAGGAGUGGAUGUGAAAAACUGGAGGACGCCAUCGUUCUGUCCCAUGAAAUGCCCAGCCAACAGUCACUAUGAGGUGUGUGCAGAAACCUGCUCUGAUUCCUGCUCAGGCCUCACAGAGCUGGUCCAGUGCUCCACCAGCUGCACAGAAGGCUGUGAAUGUAAUGCAGGCUUCUUAUUCAAUGGACAGAUAUGUGUCAAAGAGACUGAGUGUGGCUGCUAUGAGAAUGGAAAAACUUACAAGCCUGGUGAGGUUGUGUACGAGGAAGACUGUAACUCAAAGUGCACUUGCGAUCCCACCAAAGGUCUGGUCUGUGGGAAGCACUCCUGCCCUCAACACACCAAAUGCAUGAUCAGGAAAGGAAAACGGGCAUGCUACAACACAGAUCCCUGCAAAGAUGCCAACUGUCGUGUGAAGGAGACCUGCCGUGUUGAGAAUGGUGAAGCUGUGUGCAUUCCAAAAUACACAGGCACGUGCUGGGCCUGGGGUGACCCCCAUUACCACACGUUUGAUGGUUACAACUAUGACUUCCAGGGCACCUGCAAGUACGUCAUCUCCAAGACCUGUGGGAAUUUGGAAGGUCUGGUGCCGUUUUCCAUCACAGAGCGGAAUGAUAACCGAGGAAACACAGCAGUUUCCUACGUCAGGGAGGUGGAUGUGUCUGCGUAUGGGUUCAGCGUCCUCAUGGGCAAGAACCAAAUUGGUCGAGUCACGGUGGACGGAGAACUGUUGAAUCUUCCAGUACAACUGGGUGACGGUCAAGUGUCCGUGUUUCAGCGAGGUCACACUGUAGUGCUGCAAACAGACUUUGGCCUGGUUGUCUCCUAUGACUGGAACUGGGAACUUGUUAUCAAGUUGCCCAGCAGCUACUACAACAGUGUCUGUGGCCUGUGCGGAAACUUCAAUGGCGAAAGCCGUGACGAGCUCCAGAAUCCGUCUGGAAAAGCUGUCGCAUCAGUGAUAGAGUGGGGCAAGAGCUGGCAAACACCUGACCAGGACAAAGACCAUCCUUGCUGGGACACUUGCAAGAAAAACUGUCCAAUCUGUGAUAGUAACCAGGUUAAGGUCUACAAGAAGGAGGCUUUCUGUGGGGCCCUUGCAGCCAAGACAAACAGUGUGUUCAAGAAAUGUCAUGACAAAUUGGACCCGCAGGCCUUUAUGAACAGCUGUGUGUACGAUAUGUGUCAAAAUAAGGGAGACAAGAAGAUGCUGUGCCAAGCAUUGGCCUCCUACAGUAAGCAAUGUCGUGAGGAAGGAAUAACUAUCGUGGGCUGGAGGAAAAAGUUUGGCUGCCCGAUGAACUGUCAGCGUCAUAGCCACUAUGAGGAGUGUGCCAAGCCAUGCCAGCCAUCCUGUCCUUUCCCCGAAAAAAAGCAGACCUGCAAAGGUACCUGUGUUGAGAGCUGUGUGUGUGAUGCAGGUUAUGUCCUCAGCGCUGGUGUAUGUGUGCCUGCGAAAACAUGCGGCUGCUCCUAUCAGGGUCGCUAUUACAAGCCAGGCCAGCACUUCUGGGCCGACGAGGCCUGCCGUCGUCUGUGUGAGUGCGAUUCGACCCUGGGCAUGGUGACAUGCCGCGAGGCGUCCUGCUCUGCCAAGGAAAGGUGUACAGUAGAGGACGGAGAGCGAGCCUGCCGACCCAUCGGUCACGCCACAUGCACAGCCUCAGGUGACCCACACUACCGCUCAUUUGAUGGCCGCAGGUUUGACUUCCAGGGAACAUGCGAAUAUCAGCUGGUGGGACUGUGCUCUCAGCAGCAUGGGCUUGUGCCGUUCAAGGUGACUGUGCAGAAUGACCACCGGGGAAGCAAGGCUGUGUCCUACACAAGGACUGUCAACUUUUCCAUAUAUGGAAUCACCAUCACCAUCAGCAGAGAAUACCCCUACACGGUCCUGCUCAAUGGGCAGCAUGCUUUGUUGCCACUGGAUUACAAUGGUGAGCUGAAGGUGUUUCUCAGUGGUCGGACAGCUGUUGUGGAGACGGUCGCUGGUAUCACUGUGACCUUUGACUGGAGGAGCACAGUGAGCGUUACUCUGCCCAGCAACUACCAGGACGCAGUCUGCGGCCUGUGUGGCAACUACAAUGGGAACGGCAAGGAUGACCUGACCAUGCCUAACGGCCAGAUCACCCAUGAUGGAGACAAGCUGGGGGAGAGCUGGCAGGUGGCCGUCACACCAGGCUGCUCAUCAGCCUGCCAGGGGGCAUGGUGCCAGGCCUGUUCAAAAUCCCAGAGGAAAGAGUACCAAGCCAUGAAGCACUGUGGUAUUAUCGCUGACAAAGCAGGGCCUCUCAGAGAUUGUCACAGUCACGUGGAUCCCACUCCCUACCUGGAGGACUGUGUGUAUGAUGCCUGUCACUAUCACGGUCACCACGGGUCGGUGUGUGAAGCAGUGGGCGUGUACGUCUCUGCCUGUCAGAGCCAAGGAAUCGCCAUCCGCUCCUGGAGAACAGAGUCCUUCUGUCCAAUGGUGUGCCCAGCUAACAGCCAUUAUACUCUGUGUGCCGCGGGUUGUCCAGCCACCUGUGCAAGCUUAACCUCCCAUUCCACCUGUCGCAGGCGUUGUACAGAAGCCUGCGAGUGUGACGAAGGCUUCCUACUAAGCGGGGUCACCUGUGUGCCUGUGAGAGACUGUGGCUGCUCCUACAACGGUCACUACUACAAGAAAGGAGACAUCUUCUACCCUGAAAAUGAGUGCGUGGAGCAGUGUGUCUGUGGAGAGAAUGGUGCUGUAUCUUGCCAGAAGGCCAAGUGUCGGUCUGGGGAGAUCUGUAAGGUUGCAAAUGGUGUGAAAGGCUGCCACCCUGAGGGGCAGGGCAAGUGUGUCGCUUCCGGUGACCCUCAUUACAUUUCCUUUGAUGGACAGAGGUUCGAUUUCCAGGGUACCUGUGUCUAUGUACUGGCCAAGGUUUGUGAUGAUGACAAUGGCCAGCUGACGCCAUUCACUGUCACUCAGGGGAAUGAGAAGUACGGGAAUGGAAAAGUGGCUGUUACCAGGUCGGUUGCAGUGGAGGUCUAUGGUUUUAACAUUUAUAUCCAGCAGCGAAUGCCUUGGAAAGUCAUUGUCGAUGAUGAACUUCUAAACCUCCCUCUCUCCCUGGACAACGGGCGUCUCCAAAUCACCCAGGAAGGUCGCAACAUAAUUAUCCGAACAGGCUUUGGACUCACAGUCCUCUACGACACCGUCUAUUACGUUGAGGUGAUCGUGCCGUCUACAUACCAGGGUAAGAUGUGUGGUCUUUGUGGCAACUACAACAAGAAGGGCAAUGAUGACUUCAUACUUCCUGGUGGCAAAUCAACGACAAACGUUGACGUCUUUGGAAAGGCGUGGGUGGUGGACCUGCCUGGGAAUGUAUGUGGUGGCUGUGGCGGUCAGUGCCCAGUUUGUGAGCAGGCCAAGGCUACAAUGUACGGAAAACCUGACUCCUGCGGCAUCAUAAGUGCACCUAAUGGGCCUUUCAAAGCCUGUCACAGCAAAAUCGACCCAGCAGCAUACGCGGCUCAUUGCGUGUUUGACGUGUGCGCUGUGGAUGGCAACAAAGAUACUCUGUGUAACAGUGUGCAGGCCUAUGCUUUGGCCUGUCAGAGUGCAGGAGUUCAGAUUCAGUCAUGGAGGAGCAGCUCCUUCUGCCCUGCUUCCUGCCCUCAGCACAGUCACUAUGAGGUGUGUGCCAACACGUGUGGUGGGACCUGUGCCAGCUUUAUUUACCCUGUUUACUGCUCUGAAGAAUGUUUUGAAGGAUGCCAGUGUGAUGACGGCUUUGUAUUUGAUGGCAUCCAAUGUGUUGGCUUGGACAACUGUGGGUGUGUGCACGACGGGAAAUAUCUGACGAUGGGCCAAGCUGUGGUGGACAAAGACUGCAAGUCCAAGUGUGAGUGCCAGGCCUCUGGUGAGGUGAAGUGUGAAAAGCUGUCCUGUGACGAUCGUGAGGUUUGCGGUGUGAGAGAUGGUGUCAGAGGUUGCCAUGUCAAAGAGGGACACUGCAGUGUCAGCCAGGUUGGACACCUCGCCUCCUUCGACGGCAUGUCCGGAGCUAUCGGAGCUCAUGGGGCAGUUGAAGUGGCGUCUCUGUGUGACGAGAACACUGACCUGUGGUUCCGUGUGGUCGUGGACGUCAGGGUCUGCAGUAAAGGAGCAUCUCCCUCUGUCGCCACUGUGCACAUGUUCUUCAAGGAAACUGUCGUAACGGUUAACAGCCAACAUGUGACCUGGGUAAACGGCAGGAAAGUGUCUCUUCCCAGAAAAGUGAACAAUCUAUCUGUCAAAAUCUCUGAGAGUACUGUGAUAAUUGAGAGGGCGUCUGCUGUGAGGGUCACAUACUCAAUUUCACAGGAGGUCACCGUCAUUAUUGACAGCGCACUGUCUGGCAAAGUGUGCGGCGCCUGUGGCAACUACAAUCACAACUCCAAAGACGAUAUGAUGACUGCAGAUGGGAAAAUUACCACAGAUGUGUCUGUGGUUAUCGACUCCUGGAGUGCCGGUGACUUUUCUAGGUGUGGCCUGUAGAGAUGUUGGCCCUGGUGAUGGCAAGCUUCUGUUAUACGGGGAUAAAAGAAGAAUGUGAAGUCGCUGGGCUGAAGUUGGUUUGUUUACAUCCAGCCUUACUCAUCAUAUUUCUUUGCUUUCCUCCUGGUUCAUGGAAUGUUUUUAGUUGUGCACUAGAGCCUGAGUUCUCUACUGUUCGUCUCUGAUGAACCAAAAAAUCUAUCUCAUUCUUGAUCAACACCUCCAUCUAGUGGAGAAGAUCAUGUCUUUCCUACAUAACUCCAGCUAAGAAACUAGAAACAAUCACAAGUCUAUAACUGUUGUACUUGUGUGGUGAAUGUGUAUGUUGUAUAAAAUGUUCUUUAUCUUCGUACCA